AUGACUUGUGUUUUUCAGAUAGAUCCUACUAGGGCACCCUCACCUAAUUAUAUUGAGAAAGUUCAGUGCGAUAUUAGUGCUUACACGAGGGCUAUUGUUGUGGGUUGGUUGGUGGAGAAGACCGACAAAUACGAACUUGUUUCGGAUGUGCUCUAUUCUAGUGUUGCUUAUUUGGAUAGGUUUCUAUCCUUCAAUAAUACGCCCAUAGACAAGAUGCUAUUGCUUGGACUUUCUUCCUUGCUUGUUGCUUCAAAAUAUGAAGAUAGGAGGGCACUUACUAUUGAGGACCUUCGUUACAUUGCGGGUUACUCAUGCUCUAAUCAGGAGGUUGUGAACAUGGAAGCUGAUAUAUUGAAGGUUUUGAAGUUUGAAUUGGGUUCUCCUACUGUGAACACAUUCUUAACGAGAUUCGUUACGGUUGGUCAAGAGGAUAUUGAUAAUUCUAGUCUUCAUUUUGAGCCCCUUAGUCGUUACAUUGCUGAACUCAGUUUGUUCGAUUAUCAUUGUCUAAAGUUCUUGCCAUCUUUGGUAGCUGCGUCUGUUGUAUUUCUCACCAGAUUUAUAUUAAGUCCAAACACAAAUCCUUGG